AUGAUGAGCCGUUUGAGCACUUGCAUUUUAGGCUGCUGUACCGCGGGCUCGGAGUCCUCCAACCAUGGGGACCACGCAAGCCACCAUUCUGGCGGUAGUCAAAAAUCCGACGAUAGUGAAGCUACUGAUGACCCUGAUGUACUGCGACUUCGACAUGCCAGGUUUAAAGAGCAUGGGUCACAGCGGCGGCGAUGGAUGGAAGACCCCAAUGAACCGGAUUGUUUCGUCGCUCAAGCUACUAUAGAUUGGGAAACUCUAUCGGGCACAUACGAUCUAAAUUGGCUCGGCCUGCCGGCCAGAUACGUAAAGUCCGACCAGAUAAUCGACCAUCGGAUGUUAGGCCUCGAUACUAAUCUCGACUUUUUGGAGGGUUCCUGGGGUUGCGACGAGUUUUCCUGGUGGGGAUACACCGCACCGGGUAUCAUCGUGAUGAUGGGAAUCAGAAGAGAUAUAGAGUCGACGACUCCUCAAAUUUCGGAAGUUAACCACGCCAUCUAUACUAAAGAUCACCCCAUCGAUAGUCUAAAGCAAGUAUAUUUGAGAAUAGGGAGACAUUGCACAUUGCCCUUUAUUCGAAAGCAUGUGUAUACAGAAGCUAACAACCUGACCUGGCCAACCAGUGGUGAGCAAAUUUGGGAAUUCGCUACCAAUUCGGAUAUGUUUGAUAUGAUUCUGGGAACUCGCAUUGGCAAAGUAGUUUCUUACUUAGUACUGGGUUCGUUCCCUCGAGGUACUCGGCACAUCGCACAAAUUGUCACUAUACUAUCUUUUGCGGACACCGUUCAUCUCCGGUUUGACAUCGAAGCGAUUGAGUAG